ACAAUAACGAAAAUACAAUAGGAAACGAGAGUAAGGGCAUUGCAAUUAAAGAAAUUUUUGUGAAAUUAACUGAUUCUCGCCAAAAAGAUAUAUAAGGCACAGGCAUUUAACUCAAAUUCCAGUAUGUUAUUGACAUUGAGACGUUUCACUCAAAGAUUAUAUCCUAAACAAAUACAACUUUCGAAAAUGUCGCAAGUAGGUGAAUUGGGCAGUGGUGCUGGCAAAGGGGGUGGCGGCGGUGGUUCUAUCCGCGAGGCUGGAGGUAGUUUUGGCAAAAUGGAAGCUGCACGCGAAGAGGAGUUCUUCCACAAACAACAAAGAGAACAACUAAAGAAUUUGAAGACCAAAACAGAAACAGCUAAACCAAAUGAUCAAAACAACAAGUAAAAGAGCUUAACCCCCUCCUCGAGUAUUGGCUGCCAUAAUGUUACAAUAUUCGGCACUCGAAUUAAUUUGUUAUACAAUUUAAAAUUUUUUUUUCAUAAAAUUGAAGACAGUUGUGUUCUCUUUGGAGUGUUAAAAUUUUUAAAUUAAAAUUUUUUAAAUAAAUUUCCAAAAGAAAUUACGAAAAUUGGAA